AUGAUGGUAUACUGGGUUGGUUUUCUUUGUUAAAUUAGACAAGAAAAUGUUGAAUUAAACAAGAAAAACAAUAUUCGAAAAAAGUCCAGAUUUUUAUGAUCCGGCGCAGUUAAAUGAAGGUCUCAUAAGACUGACCGGCGCUCACAAACCAAUUUUACAAUAUUCCCUCGCCAAUCUCAAAUCAAUCAAUAUCAUCUCGGCGGAAUGCGUUGAGCAUGUGAACAGUUUCAAAAAAACGUUCAUGAUCAAAACGAUUUUAAAUGCGCGAAAAACGGGACACAGCCUCUCUCUUAUAUCUUCACUGUGAGUCAAGACUAUUUCCUGGUCAGUCAUCACAGCUUUCUUUUUGAGAUAGUUACUAUUAAAGUUAUAGUCAAUCCAUCCCGACUUGAGAGGUGAGGGAGGUGGUGAAGAGAACGAGAAGCGUAGCGUGUGCGUAAGCGGUUCUUGGCAUAACUUCAAUUCAAGCGCUACCGACUGUUUAAAAAGCUGUUUAACCGCUCUUUUAGUAUUUAUCCUGCAGUUUUUGAUGCACACAUGAAAAAAUCAACUAAAAAUUAAAAAAAAAUUAAAAUUGCGGUAAGCGAGUCUUAAAAUAGUCGAUGUGGUUGAAUUGAACUCGUGACAGAAACCGCGAACGCGACCGCUACGCGUCCCGUUACCUUCCGCUCCUCCCUCUGUUUUCGAGUCGGGAAAAAUCGACUAUAAUUAACCUGCAGAAGAAUUGCUGCAACUUUGAAACGGUUUUUUUUGAAAUUACGAAAAGGAAUUUUGAAAAUUUGAUGAGACUUUGGUAUGACUUCAGGAUUUUUCUACAGCAUACGAAUCCGGAAACGAUAAAAUAUACGUCUUUUAUCUUAUAGUCAAGUUAUGGUGGUUCAGAGACCUUGGAAAGCUCCUUUUUUGAGCGCCUUUGUAUAUUUCAAACUUAAAAUUUUGUUGAAUAUAAAGUAAACCAUCACACUUUUUCUAGAAUUAGGAUACACAAGAGAACAUUUCAGACAAGUGAAGAAUUGUCGAAUCCUCGAACUUUAGAAAAUUUUUUAUGAGGAGACGUGCAGGUUGAAUUGACAUAAUCAUUUUAUAGAUGUCUGAAACUUUUGCCAGCAAGUUCUGCGAAAAUAACAGAAACUGUAACGAAAUUUCGCAUCUUUAAGUAAAAAUUUCAGUACGGUGGACAGCUGCGAGAUCUCGUGCAAGAGCUGCUGAAGAAAGAACUAGACUGGUCACCGGUAAUUCGUACUUGGUCCGCCUCAUUUUUUUUCACUAUGCGUAAGUUCUUCAAAGUUUUAUUUUCUUACCCAUUGGUAAUAUUAUUUUGUCAAUGGGGAUUUUGGGAGAACCGGCACAAAAACUUUUUGACGAGUUAGAGGAAAACUUUUGAAGUCUCAACCUACACAUUUUUUCCAUGUUUUGAAGAUAUAAUCAGUAAAUGGUCGAUCCAGCUCCCUUUCCAUUGUUUAGAUCACUAUCAAUCUCUUUUUUAUAAAAGCUGAACUAGGAAAGCUAUAGUCAAUUCCGACUUGAAGGGCGAGGGAGGCGCAAAAGUGGGCGGGACGCGUAAGCGGUUCUUGGUAGAAGUGCAUUUCAAGCGUCCCCAACAACUUUAAAAGCUCGGUCAUCGCUUUUUUUGUGUUUGUUCUACUAUUUUUUUAAGCACAAUCAAAAAAUCAAGAAAGAAUUUAAAAAGACAUGUGAAUAGUCGCUGGGGGUUAAAUUGAACUCUUGCCAAGAACCGCGUAAAACCGCUUCGCGUACGCAACGCGUCACCCUCAUCGUUAUGCCUAUAUCGCUUUUACAGUCGGGAAAGAUUGACUGUAGUUGACAUCAGAAAUAAGAAUUCCAAUGAAAAGAAUCCUCAUAAAAAUCAACAGCACUUAACAGAAAAUCGGAACCGAUAUUCAUUUUUUACUCAGAAAAUUUUUGAAUCUAAUGAAAUUCAAUAUAAAACUGCCCUUACAAGAGUUUCAUCGGAACCGAAAACUUUUCUCAACUAUAUCCCGUAUAAACUCUUCUCUCUGGGCUGUGAAAUUGAGUUUCAGUGGCUCUCCAGAAAAAAUAUUUUUUACAGUCGUCUUUCUCAUCUUCGAUCCUCUCGAAAUAUUCAAAACACGGAACCGUCAUCGCAAUUUCCUUUUCUACGCUGAUGAGGAAGACUAUUAUGAUGAGGAUGAAUAUGAGGACGACCACGAAGAAUACUACCCUUACGACUUCGAGUACGAAUUAGAGUUGCUGAACCAUGGAUUCAGUGAUGACGAAGAAGAGCUGGAUUUUUCGGUCAGCGAGGACGAAGGCAUCGGAAGUGAACCAGACGACUUGUUCUUCGAUGACUUUUUUGCUAGCUAG